AUGGAAGAUAAAGUAAAAAUAGAUGAUGGGUCAUGGUUAAUAGUUCCUAGAUUGAAACCAAAAAUAACUGAAGAUGCCUAUCCUUCCAUAUUUCCAAAUUGUCCAGCUUACCUUUCACAUAAGCCUCCAGCCAAAAGAAAAUCUGGUAAUGACAGAAGAAAAGAAUUAUUUGAACGUGAUAAUCAACAGUUUUGUGAAUGGUGCCAAAAACAUAUCAUUAAAUCAUUUGCAGAUUUGGAAGAUGGUAUUUCCAAUCAUGUUGCAAAUUCUUGGUUGUAUUUAUUUGAUACAGAAUAUGUUUUAUUAUAUAAAAUUACAAUGUCAGAUAUUCCACAAGUAACCCAUGCUAUUAAAUUGCUUCAAAAUUUUGAUAUAUGCAUAUAUUUUAAUGGAACCCAAUUGGAUAACAAAAACUUUGAACGGCUGUUAGGAUCAGAAAAAAGUGUGAUUAAUGGACUAAAUUUGAGGCAUUAUUGA